CCAGCAGCCCCCCUGUGAGAAAUGCGUCCGCUGUCUAAACUGGUCCGACUCAAGCAACACUGGAGAGUAACAUAUGCGGUAGUAACCCAAAAAACUCCCUGCAAACACGCAUUUUUCAGCACGAUUGAAGGUAAAAACAAAGGCAGCAUGUCAGAGGAUUUGAUCCAGCGCAUAAAACAGCUGGAGACAGAGCUGGAGAAGCUCAAGUCCCAGCUGAAGGACAACAGUACAGCUGGAGGUGACAUGGACCUGAUGUCUAAUCUACCUGAUGGUAAUAACAGCAGCAGAAGGGGCAAGAAAGCAGGUAAAGACCGUCCCUUUGACUUCUCUGUCCACCCCAGGCGCCAUGUGGCUUUGCGGCUGGCUUACCUGGGUUGGGCCUACCAGGGGUUUGCAGUCCAGGACAACACAGACAACACUGUGGAGGCCAGACUGUUUGAAGCUCUGCUGAAGACUCGUCUGAUUCAGGACCGGCAGAGCUCCAACUAUCACCGGUGUGGUCGCACUGAUAAAGGAGUCAGUGCUUUUUCCCAGGUGAUAACCAUCGACUUGCGCUCCACACAGUUUUGUGGAGGACUGGGUAUCACGCUCCCUGAAAAUGUCAAUGCCAGUUCCAAAAAUAAAACUUCCUCAGCCUCCGAGCUUCCAUUUGCGAAGAUGCUGAACAGGGUCUUGCCUCAGGACAUCAGAAUCUUGGACUGGGCACCAGCAGCAGAGGGCUUCAGUGCGCGCUUUGACUGUCAGUCACGCACGUAUCGCUACUACUUCCCCCGGGGAUGCUUGGAUGUUGCGUUGAUGACAGAUGCUGCAAAAAGAUAUGAAGGCACUCAUGACUUUCGGAACAUAUGCAAAAUGGAUGUGGGAAACGGAGUCCUUCAGUUUGAAAGGACCAUCUUGUCAGCAUCAGUGAAGCCUGUGCAGCCGCAGCCUGAGUCCAGCACAGACCAGUAUGACCUAUUCAUAUUUGAGAUAAAAGGACUGGCCUUCCUUUACCACCAGGUACGGUGCAUGAUGGCACUUCUUCUCCUGAUAGGACAGAAACUUGAAGCCCCAGAUAUUAUAGAUCAGCUCAUGGAUGUUCAGAGUAAUCCCAGAAAGCCCCAAUACAGCAUGGCCGUAGACUUUCCUCUGGUGCUGUACGACUGCCACUUUGAAGGUUUGAGCUGGCAGCAGGAAAACGAAGAGGUGAACCACGUCCUGUCUGCGCUACAACAACACUGGACUCAAAGCGCAGUCAAGGCUCACGUCCUCCGUGGGAUGAUCCAGGGUCUGGAGACAAUAGGUGGAGUGUCCUCUAACCACUGCUGGCUUGUAGAGGGCAGCAGGCCGAGAAACUACAGGCCCCUGCUGGAGCGUCCAUGCUGUGAGAGCCUGGAGUCCAGGAUUAACCAUUUUGUCAAAAGAGGCAGACUGGAGCGAGAGGAAGGAGAGAAUGGAGGUGAAACAGUCCAUCGAGGGAAAAGGUCCAAACAUUCCCACAGUUCCCCCAGUGUGCCAGUUUCCUCUGAUGCGCUGACGUCGACACACAAUGCAGAUGAAAAUGCAGAGGAUUAGUAUUUUCUGGACAUGAUGAGGAAAUGUAUUUACUUAAAGAAACAAACUGUGUUUACAUUUUUGCUUAUGUAAAUGUUUUCUUUGUAAUAAACACAUUUUUAUUUUAUUUUUAAAAGAGUUUUGAUGUAAGAUUUAUUAUGCUAAUCAUUUAAAAUUUAACCAAUGUCUAUUAGUGAUCCCUAAUGUCAAAGACUAAGCACUUGAAUUUUGUGUUUCAUACACUAACCAAAGGUAUUCAGUUUUUGGAGAGGAAAGGCACCACAAAAUAGCGGUGUACUCAGGAGGAGGUAUGAUUGCCCCCCCGGUGCCUCAUGUCUGAAAGAAAGUGCCCUUUCUAAUUAGAUAAAACAUUACAAAUUGA